UCAGCCCAACCUACAGCUGCUGCACAGAGAUGGACACUACAGCAUUGCGGGGAUAAGCGAGACUGCAUGCCGAGUCCUUCUUUACAAGAGAGUAAUUCAGGUUUCCAACUUUUUCUUCAAGAACGAUCAUUAAUCCUGAUGCUAAUGAUGUGCAGAAGGGGCUCAGUCCUGCAGCUGUCACUGGGUUAAACCCCUUCAACCUUGGAGAAGGCACUCUGUUUGGCCGGCCAAAACUCCUCAGAGCCGGCUGCUCCUGCAGAGCAAACCGGAUCUCACGUCCAACCUGGAGACAAUUUUUGCUGCAUUCAGGAUGAUCUGAGCGUGACUGCUGGGUGCUGAGUGGAGGCAUCCCCCCCUCUCUCUCUCUUUUCCUUCCUUCCUCUCCCGCCUCCCCUCUCUGUCUUUCUUUCUCUUCUUGUCGUGGGUUCAGCACGGGCUGCCCAGUAGUUUAGCCCCUUUUUUUCAGCGCUGGGAAAGCUGGUAGCGAUGGGACGACUCGAUUUCAGCACCACGGAGAGCGCCCGGCUUCUGCUGCUCGCUGUAUUCGGUGUGCUGGCGCUGUCCGUGGUGCUGGCGGAGCAGGAAGGGGAGAACCUUUCCGGUCUCUCCAACAACCCGGACAAAGCCAUCUUCGCCGUCCGGGAGAACGGCACGACAUGCCUGAUGGUGGAGUUCGCCGUGAGAUUCCUCGUGCCAUAUGACGUGCUCGCGCUCAAUGGGAUAGACCUGAUCACGGAGCAGGCGGCGUUCACUCUGCCCCGAGGUGCAGAAAUCGAGGGGACAUGUGGGAGCACGGAGUCAGAGAUCCAAAUAUCCUGGAAGAACAACGCCUACACCCUCCGCAUCUACUUCUCUAAGGAGCUCCGUGAGAAAGACAUUGAGGUCUGGAAGAUAAGCAAGGUCCAGUUCGUCUAUGACUCCUCUGAGACAUCGCAUUUCAUCAACGCGUACAACCCGGGAAAGCACACAGCCAGCACCCACCACCUGUCGGCCCUGGUGACCCCCGCAGGGCAGUCAUAUGUGUGUGCAGCUCAGCAGACCCUCACCCUCAUCUCAAGCGACCACCAGAAGGGCAUCACCGUCUCUAUGUAUGACGUCCAAAUCCAGCCCUUCGACAUCGCCUCUGACUUCAUGUUCAGCGAAGCCUACAAGUGCAUCACUGACCAGCGGGAGCGCCUGGAGGAGACCCUCCCCCUCAUUCUGAGUUUCAUUUUGGCCCUUAUAAUCGUCAUCACAGUCGUGGUCUACCACUUCCACCUGAAGCUGACAGCGGUCCAGCCCGUGCUGCCCAGAGAUCGCUCCAUGUACAAGAACAUGUAGCCAGCUCUCUCCGAAGCUAAUGAUGAAAGACUUGUCUCUUUGAAGUCCCCGGCCUAACACGAUGGACUGAAACCCUGACGGAGAAGUGUGUGUCGCCUGUACUGAAGGCCUACUGGAACUUUUGAACAGCUAAGACACAAGUUAAUGGGACAGCUUGGGGCCUAGCAUGGAUAUAGUUGCAGGGUAAACUCACCAAAACCUAAUUUACCUGGCAGAAUUGAAUCUUAAGGCCAUCAAAUCAUAGUCUGUACUUGUGUAAUUAGAUUUCAAUGAAAGUAUACCAUACAUUAUUUUCUGAAUGUAUGCGGAAAAUAUAAUUGACUUCUGUUCAGGUCUGUGGUUGUUUGUCUGAGACAGUUAUUAUAUUUUGAUCUGAUUUCUCUUUAAAAGAAAUGUCAGAAAUGGCCAGAGCUUCAGCUGUCAUUUUCCAACUCUCUGUUGUCUUUUCCUCUCGUUCUCUCUCUGGAACUGCUGCUAAAUAAUUCAUGACCUAUUGGUGGUUCUGUAUUUGCUAGUCUUUCUUCAAGAUUUCCUUUUAGUUCUUUUUGAAUGCAGCCAUAGUGUUUUGAAAUCCUUGUAGUGUGUGUGCAGUACAGUGGCAUUCAGAGUUGCAAUGUGUUUGACUUCUCAACACUAAUGUAUGGAACAUAUCAAAAAAAGGGAAGACAUAUAAAAAACAUCUGAAAAGAUUCUGUCCUAAAUAGUGGAGAAUUUUAAAGAAUGCUAUACGAAAGUGUUUAUGAAAAGAGAGGUUAUUGUAAAAAAAAAGAAAAAAGUAAUAUGUGUAUAAUAUUUUUCAGAAUCAAAGUCUAUGCAUAAACCUCUGCUGAUGCAAUCUUGUGCAGUAUUCUUCUGUUCAUUGAAAUAAAUGGAAUCAUCUCUACAAACAUGU